AUGAAUCCAUCGUGGACUCCUCAACCCAGCAAUGCCAGUAUCGGUGGCAUUCUUAGCAAUAACCCCCCGGGGUCAGUUGAGCAAAUGCAGCCAACACCAAUUAAUCUUGUCAACGUUAUGCAGAGCUAUGUCACUCCCGCCAGUGCACACACUAAUAAUCGAACUCCUUACACACCAAAUACUCCUGGAACUCCCUUCAUUGAUCGUGAUGGAGUCAUUCCACAACCGCAAUUGCAGAACAUUGUGUGUACAGUAAACCUCGGGAUAAAAUUGGACCUUGUCAAGAUAGCCCGAAGUGCUCGCAAUGCAGAGUAUAAUCCAAAACGUUUUGCCGCCGUUAUUAUGAGGAUUCGGGAACCUCGGACAACAGCUCUAAUUUUCUCUUCUGGUAAAAUGGUUUGUACCGGAGCUAAAAGCGAAGAACAAGCACGUCAAGCUGCCCGAAAAUAUGCUCGAAUCAUCCAAAAACUUGGAUUUAAUGCUAGCUUCAAGGGAUUUACAAUUCAGAACAUGGUUGGCUCUUGUGAUGUGAGAUUUCAUAUUCGCUUAGAGGGCUUGAAUGCUGCCCAGAAGUUGUUCACAACUUAUGAACCGGAGCUGUUUCCUGGUCUAGUUUAUCGAAUGCAAAAGCCCAAAAUUGUCCUUUUGAUCUUCGUAUCUGGUAAGAUCGUGCUUACUGGUGCCAAAGUUCGGGAACAGAUUUAUCAGGCAUUCAAUAAUAUCUUUCCUAUUUUGAAAAACUUUAUGAAACUGGACACCGAAAAACAACAACAGUCACAUCAUCAGUUACCACCAACUCUUACAAAUUGA